AUGGCGGACGCUCCCGUGUACAAUGCGUCUGAGCCCAGCGGGGGUAAUCCGCUGAAGGUGAACGUCAACGCUCAAUAUGAAGGAUUUGAGUGGAAUUAUGUAUACAUCAUAUUAUGCGGCUUCGUUGUUUGGCUGAUUAUCCCCGGGAUUGGACUGCUCUACAGCGGUCUGGCCCGGCGGAAAUCGGCCCUGGCAUUGUUGUUCCAGUCAAUAAUGCUCCUUGCAGUCACGACUUUUCAGUGGAUGUUUUGGGGUUAUUCCUUGGCGUAUUCCCGGACGGCUGGUCCGUUCAUUGGGGAUCUCAAGAACUUCGGUUUGAUGAACGUCCUUGUAGCACCAUCCCCGGGAUCUGCUGUACUGCCGGAGAUUGUCUUCUGUCUGUACCAGCUUCUCUUCUGUGCCUGCACGGUUAUAAUCGUGGUUGGUGGAGCGUUUGAGAGAGGAAAUAUCCUCCCUUCUCUGGUUUUCAGCUUCUUCUGGGCCACCAUCGUCUAUUGCCCUAUCGCCUGCUGGACAUGGAAUAGCAACGGAUGGCUAUAUAAUCUGCCAGCUCUUGAUUUUGCCGGAGGCGGCCCCGUCCACAUCGCUUCUGGGUGGUCUGCUCUCGCCUAUGCCUGGGUCCUUGGAAAGCGUCUGCACCAUGGGGAAGCCUCUCAUGGCAAGCCUCACAAUACCACUUUGGUCUUCAUUGGAACCGCAUUUAUCUGGUUCGGCUGGUUUGGGUUCAACGGUGGUUCUGCGUUGAACGCGUCCAUGCGAGCCAUGUUGGCUGUAUUCAACACCAACACUGCGGCAUGUACCGGUGUCUUGGGAUGGGUGCUGGUGGACUUCAUCAAGCACAAAGGCAAAUUCUCGGUAGUAGGCGCGUGCGAGGGUGCCAUUGCCGGCCUUGUUGGAAUCACACCGGCUGCUGGGUUCGUCUCCCUGUGGCUGGCAGCCUGCAUCGGUUUCAUCACUGCUAUCGUCUGCUCAUCCCUGCAGAAUGUCAAUGACUGGCUACACAUUGAUGAGGGCAUGGAAGUCUUCAAGCUCCAUGGCAUCGGUGGUAUGGUUGGAGCUUUUCUCACGGGUAUCUUCGCUUCCGAGUCUAUGUCCGCUCUGGAUGGGAGCACGAUGGAAACCGGCGGCAUUAAUGGCAACGGCGUGCAGGUGGGAAAGCAGCUCGCCGAGGUCACUGCUAUCUCGGCAUAUUCUUUUGUCGUUACCUGUAUCCUUCUGUACAUCCUGAAGUACAUUCCCGGCAUGAACCUCCGCGUCAAUGAGGAGCAGGAGAUGAUUGGCCUCGACCGAGCUCAAUUCAUUGAUGAGCAGAUUGGCGACUGGACUAUGUUUGAAACUACCCCCGGUUUUUUGUCUUUACCAGCCAAGGCAGAGCCGGUUUCACCUGCUCCUGAGAAGCAACCCGCUUCCAGUGCUGAAGAGAGCGGGAAGUAA